CGGACGUGCGAUCAAUUCUUUCUGACCAACUGCCCGUUUACAGUUCCACCGAAAAUGGUUAAUUCGUACACUCGAUGAGGCCAUCCACGGGUGCAACACAAACGUUUCAGUUUGGCAGACAAAUAUGACGGAACUUCGUCAGUGUUCGCGCGAGUUUAUGACGGAAUUUAUUAUGCUGUACGAGAGUUUGCCAUGUCUUUGGCGAUUUAAGUGCAAGGAAUACAGCGACCGUCACAUUAAAGCUAAAGCGUACGAUAUCUUAAAAGAAAAAUUUAAGGAAGUCGAUCCAACCUGCACCAGAGACACGUUGGUGAGAAAGAUAAAUAACAUACGGUCUGUGUACCGUAAAGAGGUAGCAAAAGUGGCAAAGGCAGCUGAAUCCGGAGAAGUGUACAGACCAACCUUGUGGUACUUUGAUCUGCUAAAUUUCCUACAAGAUAAUAACCAUCCCGAUGACGCUAAAAACGAGUCUGACCUCCUCGAAGAGGCUCCAGCCGAAGUACUGAUAAAAGAAGAAUGGCCAGAAAGUGAACACGCAGAUGCUUCUGGUACUCCGUUUUCCGAAGUAUCAAUGUCGCAGUCUUGUAGUUCCCGCAAUACUCCAAGGUCAACCUCUCACAAGCGAAGGAGAGUUUCAAUCGACGAUGAAACUACGGAAGUUAUGGAGCUGGUGGGAAGGAAACUUGAAUCAUUGCAGAACGAGGACGCUUUUCAGACAUUUGGAAAGCAUGUGGCACAUAAGUUAAGAGGCAUCAGUAGUGAGCAGAAUGCAAUCGCCCAGAAAUUAAUUUGCGACAUUCUUUUCGAAGCUGAAUGUGCCACACUGACCAGAAACUUUAAAGUCGUGGAUAUGACAAUGGUCAUGGAUGCAUGGAAAUCAUGGACAUGAAAUGGUUAAAUUUCUCGUGUGAAUUAGAAUAAUGGAAAUGAAAAAUAACUGAUGAAUGCA